GCAGCUCCAGGUCCAGUCCAGUCCGGUCCGGUCGUGUUGCCUCCGCAGACAUGGCACCUGUCCUCCUCAGAGCGCUCUCUGCCGCCCUGUUCGCCUCAGCUCUGCUGAUCGACACCACGUCGGCCGACCUGAAAGACACUAGCUAUGCAGUGACUGUUAGCUCCCGUUUGACUGGAGGGAAACAGGACACAAUGUGUGCUAUCGUCCAAAACCCCACUGAAGGGCUCUCUCUGAACAUCACUCUCACUGUGGACUCCAUCCAAAACGUCAUCCUGGAGAAAACCAUCUCAGAGGAUUUCACCAACUGCUUUAAGUUCCAGGUCCCAGCAGUGCUGAGCAGGACGAUAGCAAAGGUUGACAUCACGCUGCAGGGUAAAGGCGCUUCCCUGAGCAAGAAGACCGAAGUCGUCAUUGAGCCGCCUGGUUUCAUCCACAUCGUGCAGACGGACAAACCCAUCUUCAAACCUGGACAAGUUGUCAAAUUUCGGAUCGCCUCCCUGGAUGACAACUUCCUCCCCGUAAAUCGAGUGUAUACGGAGGUGGUGCUUAAGGAUCCCAAUUCCAACCGCAUUGCCCAGUGGCUGAAUCAGGAAAUCAAUAAGGGCAUCCUAGACCUGUCUCACCCCUCUAUCCCUGAAGCCGCAGAGGGAACCUAUACCAUCAGUGCUGUGAUGGCCGACGGGGAGAUCUCCCACACCUUUGAAAUCAAGGAGUACGUUUUGCCAAAGUUUGAGGUAAAGGUGGAGAUGCCCAGCGUGAUUACCAUCCUGGAUAAAACCACAACGUUUAAGAUCUGUGGACAAUACACUUAUGGCAAACCCGUGGAUGGUGCAGUGAAGGCUCAGUUUUGUAGGAAAGUCUUUCUGUAUUUCUUUCAUUCAGUGACCCCCGGUAACAACCUGUGCAAGAGCUAUGAACUGACUCUGGAUAAGAGUGGAUGUGCCUCACAGACUGUGAACCUGGCAGAGUUUGAUCUAAACAGGUACAGCUGGUACUCAGACAGCUUGGAGCUGACAGCUGAGUUGGAGGAGUUUGGAACCGGGGUGGUUUUGAAAGGGUCUGGGAUGUCUAGCAUAACCAGUCAGAUCAGAACUAUCACCUUCGAGGAGGUUCCUACAGUGUACAAGCUUGGCUUAUCGUUUGACGGAAAGGUCAAAGUGGUCGGUGCCGACGGCCAACCUGUAGCCAAUGAGCUGCUCUACCUGUUCGUGGAAAACGACAAGACUCUGGCGCUCACAACCAACGCCAAAGGCAUGGCUCCGUUUUCCCUGGACACGUCUCGGUGGACCGGAAGCAUCUCUAUAAAGGUUCUUAGUAAGGAUACGAAGGAAAACGAACCUUUCAUUCCCGAUUUGCGGAGACCGGACUACGGAAAAGCCUACCUGUACCUCUCACCCGCUUAUUCCAAAAGCAACAGUUUCCUGAAUCUGAAGCAGAUCAGUGAGAGCUUCCCCUGCAACAGUGAUGCAACCAUCAAGGCUCAGUACAUCAUUCAAGGAACGGCUCUGAAGCAGGGACAGACUGUCGUCAAUGUGCUCUACGUGGUGAUGUCCAAAGGUGCAGUUGUGCGUCAUGGUCAAGUCCCGGUGAUGGUGCAACCAGGAGCUGUCAACAAAGGGGAGCUGAGCUUCAGCCUGAGUCAGGUGAUGGAGCUGGCACCAGUUGCUCAGGUGUCUGUUUACUUUGUGAUGGCCAAUGGGGAGAUGGUGGCAGACAGUCAGGACUACCCCAUUCAGCUCUGCCUCAAUAACAAGGUGUCCUUGAAGUUCUCCUCCGUUCAGCAGCUUCCAGCGGAGAAGACCACUCUGACACUGAAUGCCAACCCUAAAUCCCUGUGCUCUGUCCGAGCCAUCGACCAGAGCAUCCUGCUGCUGAAACCGGAGCAGGAGCUCACCGUUGACUCCGUGUUCAGCCAGCUGCCUGUACAGCAACUGUGGGGGUACGACUACGAUGUGGAUGACCACGAUCUGUACCCCUGCUUCUCCGGGCCGGUCCCCAGGCCAGUCCCGGAUCUGCAGGCCGCAGUUGAACCUGAGGCCGACGAACGACUCGGUCGGAAAAAGCGAUCCUUCUUCUUUAAUCCGUUCUAUCAGAAGAUUGAUGCCUACAGCGCCUUUAAAGGCAUCGGAGUCAAAAUCAUGACAAACUUCGAUGUGAAAAAGCCCCAGAACUGCUCGCUGUUUAAGUUUAACGGAAUGCCAGAGGCUCUUCCAUUGCAAAAUGAGAUGCAAGUACUAUUUAGAUCUCAAGUUGGAGAAGCUACAGAGACAAUUAGAAAAGACUUCCCUGAGACAUGGAUCUGGGACCUGGUCUCUGUGGGAGACGGCGGCACGGCCAGCUUGCAGAAGACGGUCCCUGACACCAUCACCAAGUGGGCGGCCAGCGCCUUCUGCGUCUCCCCCAGUGGCUUCGGCGUGUCGCCCAACACCGGGCUCACCGCCUUCCAGCCGUUCUUCGUCAGCCUCACCUUGCCUUACUCCGUCAUCAGAGGGGAGGUGUUCACGCUGAAAGCCACCGUCUUCAACUACCUCUCCCAGUGCAUCAUGGUCAAAGCAACUUUGGCCGGUUCGAAUCAGUACACCGACAGAGACUGCGAAGGCUGCAAAUACACCAGCUGUCUGUGUGGAGAUGAGAGCAAGACCUUCUCCUGGAUUGUGACUCCGACCGCUUUGGGCGCUGUGAACCUGACGGUCAGCGCUGAGGCCCUGAGGAACCUCGCUCUGUGUGGCAAUGAGGUGACCACGGUGCCAAAAGCUGGCCGGAUCGACACGGUGAUCCAAACUCUGCUGGUGGAGGCUGAAGGAACCCCUCAGAUGAAGAGCCACAACGCCCUGCUGUGUCCUGCAGAUGGUCCGGUGGAAAGGAAGAUCUCUCUGCUGCUGCCUGCUAGGUUCGUGGCCGGGUCGGCCAGAGCCACCGUUUCUGUCCUGGGUGACCUGAUGGGCCGGGCCCUGCAGAACCUGGAUAAGCUGCUGGCCAUGCCGUACGGCUGCGGGGAGCAGAACAUGUUGCUGUUCGCUCCAAACAUCUUUAUCCUGAACUACCUGAAAAGCUCCGGCCAGCUGACCGACGCCAUCCUGCAGAAGGCCAAGCACUUCCUGGAGAGCGGAUAUCAGAGGCAGCUGAACUACAAGCGUGACGACAGCUCCUACAGCGCCUUCGGGAACAGCGACCCCUCUGGAAACACCUGGCUUACUGCUUUUGUGAUGAAGUCAUUUGGCGGCGCCAGAGAUUACAUCUACGUUGACCCGCAGCAGAUAGAAGACAUCAGGACCUGGCUGUACGGCCUGCAGAACGAGGAUGGCUGUUUUAUGUCUGUUGGGAAGCUCUUCCACAACAGCAUGAAGGGAGGGGUGAGUGACGAGGUGUCGCUGACGGCUUACAUUGUUGCUGCCCUGCUGGAGCUGAAUGGAGGAUCCACGGACCCCGUGGUGCAGAAGGGCCUGGGUUGUCUAAAGGAUGCCGUGGUCAAAGGCUUCGACAACCUGUACACCACGGCCCUGAUGUCGUACACCUUCAGCCUGGCUGGAGAUCAGGAGACGAGGAGCAAACUGAUUAGCAUUCUGGACCUGAAGGCCAAGAAGGAAGGUGGUACCAUUCACUGGGAGAGAGUUGAAUCGUCUGUCAACGGCAUGGAUUCUAUAGCAGUGGAGAUGACCUCCUACGUGCUGCUGGCCCUGCUCACUUCUCCCCCACUGAAUGGUUUUGGUUUGGAUUACGCCUCAGGGAUCAUCCGCUGGCUCGCUCAACAGCAGAACCCGUACGGCGGUUUCUCCUCCACACAGGACACAGUGGUGGCCCUCCAGGCCCUGGCCAAGUACGCCGCCGCCACCUACAGUCCACAGGGAAUCACUAAAGUGACGGUGACGACUGUGGGAGGCCCGAGGAAGGAGUUCACUGUGAGCCAGAGCAACAGGCUGCUGUUGCAGCAAGAGGAGCUGAGCAAGAUCCCUGGAGAGUACACCGUCAGAGCCGAGGGACAGAGCUGCGUUUUGACUCAGAUCUCCUUGCACUACAACAUCCCUCCUCCUGACGACUUCUCUGCCUUCAGCAUCACUAAGAGAGUGGAUGCCUACUGUGAUCUCAAGCGGCCGAAGCUCCAACUCUCUGUCAGCGUCAGGUACCAGGGCAGGAGAGCGGAAACCAACAUGGUCGUCCUCAACAUUAAGCUGCUGUCUGGAUAUGUUGUGGAGCAGAGCUCCCUCAGUUCAGCGAAGCGUGUGGACAUAGACAACGGAUUUAUCGACAUCUACCUGGAUGGGCUGAAAAGGGAUGAAAUACAGAUGUUCAAGGUGGUUCUGGAGGAAGAUCAGCGUGUCGGGAACCUGAAACCAGCUGUGAUUAAAGUCUAUGACUACUACCAGCCCACUGACCAGGCUGCCACUGACUACACAUCCCCCUGUGCUUAAAGUGACAGCGACAACAUGGUGUGACUCCGCCCCCAGGAACGGCUGAAGGAGGGAGACCUCCAGGCCUUCAUCUUGGAUGAUUGUUUUGUUUUUAAAACCGUUCAAAGUGGUGUUGGGAUUUGAUUUUACUUUGGGGAACUUUAGGUUCUUUAACUUUUAGCUUUAUUAUCAGUUUUUCUUUCCUGUUUAUUCUCGUUCACAUGCAGCAGGAAAAAAAAAAAAAAUAGGUGGCACCUCGCCGCUGCUCAACACUGGAACAGUGACCCACCUCCACCCGACAUAACGGACAGCGGAGGAGCGUUUGCUGAUAAUCGUUUUUCUUUAAUAGAUCUGACAGAAAUCCACAUGAUUGAAACAUGACAGAGACACAGACAUCAGGAACACGGCGUGGUCAGGGUGCUGAUUGCGUCCCUCUGAGGGGAGGGGCAUCCGGUCUUCAUGGUGCAGGGAGAUUUAUUUCAUUUACACGUACCUGCACAAGUCUUGUACCAGUAAAAAAUAAAAGUUUUAUUCAUGUGACUGCUGUACAAUUUUAAAUGCAAUAAAAGUUCUAAAAUGACAAA